UAGCCCCACCCCCCGCUAGCCCCACCCCCCGCUAACAAUGGCGGACCCGGCGACUGGCUGGGCUCGCGGCCCGCCACCUGCAGGGCUGCUGCUCGACAUCAACGGAGUCCUCUACGACGGCGGCGGCGCGGGAGGAGGCGUGGCCAUCGCCGGCUCCGUGGACGCCGUCUCCAGGAUUAAGCAGUCGGGUUUGAAGCUGCGCUUCUGCACCAACGAGACGCAGGUGACGCGGGAGGGGCUGGCGCUCAAGCUGCAACGCCUGGGCUACGCCGUGGACGCCGGCGAGAUCGUGGCGCCCGCUCCCGCCGCCCGCCAGUUGCUCCAGCAGAGGGGCCUGCGCCCGCACCUGCUGCUGCAUCGUGCACACACGGCCUGCAUUCUGUACGUGAAAAGGCAGUCUCUUAACGAUGUGUUGCCGGAGUUUGACGGCCUGGACGUGAGCGACCCCAACUGUGUGGUGCUGGGCGAUGCGGCCGAGUUCUUCACGUACGACAGCCUCAACGAGGCGUUCCGCGUCCUCUUAGGCCUCGAAACGCCCGUGCUCCUCUCCCUGGGCAGGGGGAGAUACUACAAGGAGACCGAUGGGCUCAAGUUGGAUGUUGGGGCUUACAUGAAAGCAUUAGAGUACGCGUGUGAUGUAGAGGCGGAGGUGGUUGGAAAGCCCUCAAAAUCCUUCUUCAUGGCAGCUGUGAAUGACAUGGGACUCACUCCCAGCCAGGUGCUGAUGAUUGGCGAUGACAUUGUGAAUGAUGUCGGAGGCGCUCAGCUGUGUGGCAUCUCCGCACUGCAGGUCCGCACGGGAAAGUUCAUGCCUUCGGAUGAGCAUCAUCCCAGCGUGAAGGCCGAUGGCGUGGUGGAUAACCUGGCGAACGCUGUGGACCUACUGCUGAGCGAAUGGAAGAAGCUAUGAAGCUGACAUGAGGAUAAUAAAUAUGAGGACAUAGAGAGAACAUGCACAGUAGAAAAUAAAAUAAUAGGAGUGCGGCAAGCUACGAUUAAGCGGGUGUACUGGGUUCACACGAAAUUAUUCACGAGCCGUGUUUGUGUCGCCGUGCCGCGUCGCUUGCACGCCGUAACGUGGUGCUGCCCAACGAAACGUAGCUUUGAGUAUUGGUGAAAAUUUUACAAUCGCCACGGGCUCACCUCAAUCCUCACCAUCGGUGGUGAUGAGGUGAGCACUGCCACGGCCAGAUAGGAAGACAACCACUAGGCCAGGUACCCACGGGGUGAGGGGAGGCAAGAGCGAUUGGGUUUACUGCCCCUCUACUCGCGUAGAGGAAGUGAUGGGGAACGUGGUAUAUUUAGGCGUAGUGCGGUAUUGCUGUUAUUGCGACACCACUCCACGAGCACACCUUCCCUACUCGGCCCAUGAGAAGCCACGGUCAGUCAGGCGGGAUGUCCGUGGAUCAAGGGAAAAGUGGUCUGUGUUGGGUCGUGCUCGUCGUUGUGGUUUGGGAACUGGCUGAGCGUUACCAGCACGACACUUGGCCAUGUGGCCAGAGUUUAGUAUGACAAGGACGACUGUUUUGUGUUGGUCUGCCUCCGCACCUCCGAUUAGCAUGGCUGGCUGUUUGAUGCGAAAGAAGUUCAGCAUACAGGGACUCCUCCAUUUACCAAGGAGUUAGGUUCCAGAGAUAUGUUCGUAUGUAAAACCUUACUCUUGUCGAUUCCAAACAUGUUGUAUGGCAUGUACACUAAACUCUGAGGAAUGGCUUUAAAAGUUGUAUAAUCUUCUGUAGAUGUAGAUGCCACUGGUUCUUCACGUUCUGCAGAUGUAGAUGCCACCACCACCAUCUAUUGCGCGGUGGUUGAACUUACAUCUCUCGGCCCUAACAGCCAAUUGGACAUACGGACAGGUUUGUUCAUAUCUCUGAAAGUUCGUAAGUCGAUUGUUUGUAAGUAGAGGAGUCCCUGUAUGCACAAAUCUACGUGAAGUGUUCUCUCAUUUGUCUGGAACUUAAUUUUAUUCUCAUAUAAGGAAUUAUCCUAUAGUUCGGACUUUCCUGUAAAAAAUGUGGUCUUGAUAGCUACAUUAGGUUUUUCCGGGGUUAAUUUAAAUGGGUAAGAAUUACAUUAAUUCUGGCUGUGUCGUGUGGGGAGGUGUUCAUUCAGCUGUGGAUUGAAAACGGUGAAUUAUAGUAAUUACCGGAUGUAGGAUGCCUAAAAGUGAAUAUUGAAUCUCACAUCUUGCCUUUUUUUCCUUUUAAAUCAACGCACGUGUCGAAUACAUCUGAUGAAGAAGGAAUGUGUAUCAUACUUGAGUUCAUAUGUAGAAUUAACAUUGAAAAGUGCACGGUUAUAAAUACUAUAUGUAACUAUUUCGAUGUAAAGCUUUCGUGACUGCAGGGAUUCAUCAUCUUGGUUCUUUCGGUAAAGUCACCACGUAGAAUGGAAAUAAAAUAAUACAAAUAAAACAUAAAAUAAAAAUAAAAUACAAAUAUUUCCAUUCUACGUGACGUUACCGAAAGAACCAAUAAGAUAUAUGUAACCAAUGUAAGCAUUUUUGACGCUUGCACUGAAUGCUUGGUUUGGAUAACAUUACGUGAAAGAUGUUUUAACCUAAAUGAAUUGUGCGAAUGCCAUUGGCAGGGACAUUGAUUUAAUUGCUCGCUCUUAAGUGCAGUUCUAUUUACUGUGAUGAAUUACAUGCACUAACUUGGUUAAAUAAAAAUGCCGGUAUCUCCGGUAUCCAAGAUG